UAGUGAAUAUCUAUUGAAUAUGACUUAAUCGUAGAACAUUGAUAUGAGGAAGAAUAAUGAUCGAUGGCUACGGCAAGUGAUAUAGAUCUGAGGCAUGAAGGAACUGUAUUUGAUUGCCCAAUAUGUCUAGAGAGGUUAAAAGUUCCCAAAUAUCUUCCAUGCCUACACACAUUUUGUGAACAGUGUAUUCACUCAUAUAUUGAAACAUGUGUUGGAACAUCAAGAAACAGUGAUGCACAAACCUUGAAUUUUGAAUGUCCUGUAUGUCGACAAAAAGUUGUUGCUCCGGAGGCGGAUAUUACGCCAGAGAAUUGGGCAAAUAAACUUCCAUUAAAUCACAUACUGAUAUCACUGCUGGAUAACAAAGACAAAUUGACAUCUACCUGUGAUCAAGAGGAGAGUGUUUUAUGUGAACCAUGUAAACGUGUCAAAGAGAGAAAAAAUGCCAAAUUUUACUGCAGUAAUUGUGAUGAUAGUCUUUGUGAAACCUGCUUUUCAUACCUUCACAGACGCAUUCCUCAUUAUAAAAAUCAUACCAUUACAAAUAUCUCUGCAUCUCCACAUAAGAUAUUCUCAAGUUCCAUAUUAGAAGUUGAUCACUGUAGUAUUCAUAAAAAUAAACCUUUGGAUUUUUACUGUUUUGAUCAUGAAAAACUGGGUUGCUGUGUUUGUUUUAAUGCAGUGCACCAAAAUUGCAUGAAUGUUAAAUCUGUGGAUGAAGUUGUAGAGAAAGUAAAUCCAGAACAUAUUGAUACUAUUUUCGCAACAAUGAAAGCAAAGACAGAAUCUGAAAUUCAGAAAAUGAACAGAAACUUAGAUCAUCUCAAAGACCAGCAUAAGAGGAUUCAAACAGAUGUAGUUUGUCUUGUAGAAGAAGUAAAGAGCAAGUUAGAUGGACUUCAAAACAAGUUUCUGAAAGAUUUUGAAGUGACACAUGAAAAUGAAAAGUCCAAAUUGUCAAAUACACAGAUGUGUCUUGAAAAUUUUUUAGAAACUCUUACAAGAUCAGCUAAGACACUAAGGGCUACCAGCAGUGGCUCUAAAAGACAGAUGUUUCUCACAGCUGAGUGGAUAAAGACACAACUACUUAAAGAUUUAGUAGACAUUGAAAAACAGAACAAACAUCAAGGUCAUGUGGAAUAUGAAUGGGAAGAAGAUUCAGUGCUGAAAAGCAUAAAGAACAUUGAUACUGUUUUUAAUGUUCAAGUAAAAAAGGAUAGAAGAAGCAUCAUUCCGGAACUGAGAAAGGGAGUGGACUCUUUGAAGAGUAUACAUGUAAUAAGUUUACCAAAACCAAAGACAUCACCGAUGAAAGAUCCAGCAUCGAUUACGGUGAAUCAUGUGGCAUCAUAUUGCGUCAAAUGCCUGGAAGAUACAGUCACACCCUGGAUUACAGGAGGGGUGUUCCUUGAGAAUGGAUCAUUGAUUAUUGUUGACAAACAUAAUCACUCAGUAAAGGAGGUGUCUCCAAUGGGAUCUGUCAAAGUUUUGUUUUCCAAGAAAAUGGAAGACAUCAGAGGGAUAUGCAGCUUUGGGAGAGAUGAGAAAAUAUUUGUUUCCAUUGGUGAAAACAUCUCUGAAUUUUCAGUCUCUCCAAGUUUUAAAUAUUUAAAAGAUUUUAAAACUGAAAAAAUGGAAAUGUAUCAACUGAUGUUAAUGAAUGACUGUAUCUACGCUCAUACAGGAAACCCAUGGUGUGUAAGAGUAAUUCAGAAAGAUGGAACAAUUUCAAAAACUCUGAGUGGUAGUAAUUGUGGAUUUGGAUUUUUCACCCUCUCCUGCAAUGCAAAAACAAUUAUUUAUUCAAAAUCAGGCUCUGUUAUAUGUGAUGAAAUUAAUAGUGGUGAAGAGGUUUUUCACUGUUCACAAACUCAAACCAGAAUUGCAAGGAAAGGUGCUAAAGGAAUUGGUGUUGAUAUUUAUAAUAAUAUUUAUGUUUGUGACUGUAAAGAAGGGUCUGUUGUACAGAUUUCUAAAGAUGGUCAGCAGAUCAGAAGAAUUUUACCAGCUUUGCAUGUUAUCAAGAAACCAUAUGCACUGUGUUUUGAUAAGAUUGGGAAGAAAUUUUUCGUUAGUUCAUGGCUAGAGACUCAUAGUAUGAUUGAAGUGUAUGAAUUAAACUUGUAAGCUGAUA